AGUCUGGGGGUCUCCGGGUGCGAGUCAGUUCGGUUCAUGAGAAACUUGAGUUCGAGCAUUCAGAGGGGGGAAAAAACAAUGUGGUUUGUGAGCUUACAACUGAGUCUCGGCGCCCUGCUCAUUCAUGGAAUUGCAGCUGCACCGUUUUUGACUGAUGAGGAAGCCCAUCACUUCAUCCGGAACAAAAGGCAAGCUAAUACAAUGCAAGGAUACUGGGACCCAAACAGUGCAAAUAAUGUAUGGGGAGUCACUCAUGCAGAACAUGCAAGUGAAUACUGGACGUCAUUAAGGGACACAGCGCAGUACUACAUAGGAUUAAGUUCGAUCGGCUUUGCAUCAGAUCCAUCUGUUGUGCAGGAACAUAUCAAAAGCUAUAUGGAUUACCUGCGACAAACGAGCGUUUACCUUCAACAGCAAGCCACGUACAAAUAAUUCCAAAGAACUGAAGGAUACAAAAGACGUCAAAUAUUUUCAACUGCAUGAUUAAUUCAAAGUAGACUGUGCGAGCUCAGAAAGCAUGUCAUUACCAAUCAAUCCACCCUGACAACAUGGAAUGCCUUCUGCUCAUUACAAAGCACAAUAUAGCCACAGCUCAAUGAGCUCUAACUGUGCUGAGAUUUAUCCAGAGUAGGUGCAUGUGUUAAGCAUUUCUUGAAAAAUGUUAAUCAAUAAAUAUUGAUGGUAACAAGCUUCA